CGGGGCGAAGGCGCCGGGAUCCCGCGGGGCGGCGCGCGGCGCCGGCGCCGCUAGUGGUUCCCCGGAGCCGCGCGGUGGCGGCCGCGAUGAGCUGGGAGCUGGCGCUCUGGCUGCUGGCGCUGUGUGCGGUGCUUCUGCUGGUCGUGCAGCUGCUGCGCUUCCUGCGGGCGGACGGGGACCUCACGCUGCUGUGGGCCGAGUGGCAGGGGCGACGCCCAGAAUGGGAGCUGACGGAUAUGGUGGUGUGGGUGACGGGGGCCUCGAGUGGAAUUGGCGAGGAGCUGUCUUACCAGUUGUCUAAACUAGGAGUUUCUCUUGUACUGUCCGCCCGGAGAGUGUCUGAGCUAGAAAGGGUGAAAAGAAGAUGCCUUGAGAAUGGAAACUUAAAAGGAAAAGAUAUACUUGUUUUGCCCCUUGACCUGACCGACAGAAGUUCCCAUGAAGUGGCUACCAAAGCUGUUCUCCAGGAGUUCGGGAAGAUCGACAUCCUGGUCAACAACGGUGGAAGGUCCCAGCGUUCUAUGUGUGUGGAUACGAGCCUGGAUGUCUACAAGGAACUAAUAGAGCUUAACUACUUAGGGACAGUGUCCUUGACAAAGUGUGUCCUGCCCCACAUGAUCGAGAGGAAGCAAGGGAAGAUUGUCACCGUGAACAGCUUCAUGGGCUUCAUGUCUGCACCCCUUUCCAGUGGAUACUGUGCCAGCAAGCACGCUCUUCGGGGUUUUUUCAAUGGCCUCGGAACUGAACUUUAUGCCACAUACCCAGGUAUAACAGUAUCUAACAUCUGCCCGGGACCGGUACAGUCAGAUAUUGUGAAGAAUGCCAUGACUGAGGAAGUGACAAAGUCUGUAGGCAAUAGUGGAGACCAGUCCCACAAGAUGGCAACCAGUCGUUGUGCGCGGCUGAUGUUAAUCAGCAUGGCCAAUGAUUUGAAAGAAGUCUGGAUUGCAGAACAGCCUUUUUUGUUAAUGGCAUACUUGUGGCAGUAUAUGCCAGCCUUGGCCUCCUGGAUAACCGGCAAGUUAGGGAAGAAAAGGAUCGAGAACUUUAAGAGUGGUGUGGAUGCAGACUCCUAUUUUAAAAACUUGAAGGCAAAACAUGACUGAAAGGAGAAUUUAUAUUUUUUAAGUCACAGGAUGAAGAAAUGUAAAAUAUUGAGACAGCAAUCUUCUCAUGCACUAAGACUACGUGAAGACUCAUUUCUGAUUUUACUUUUUAAUAGAUACAACUUUCCUUUCAACACAUAAUAAAUAAAUAAAAUAUUGUCAUGAAUCUUGCAAAAAAGGAAUUAAAAUAUACUACCUCCUUGGAUAAAAUAACAUUUUAAAAUACUUUAGCAUGUAUGCUUACAGUCCAGGUUAAAACAGAUCUAACCAAAGAAUUACAGUAACCCAUUUAACAUAUGUCUUAGUCUGUUUAUGCUGCUAAAAUAUAAUACUACAGACUUGGUAAUUCAUAAACAGUAGAAAUUUAUUUCUCAUGGUUCUUGAAGCUGGGAAUUCCAAGAUCAAGGCACUGAGAGGUUUGGUACCUGGUGAGGGUUGAUCUCUGCUUCCAAGAUGGAGCCUUGUGGCUGCCCUCUCCCAAAGGAAGGAAGGCCACAUUCUGACAUGGGAGAUGGAACAGAAGGGCAAGAAGGGUGAACUCCCUCCUUUAAACCCUUUGUAAGAACACCUAAUCACAAUUCAUGACUCAAUCACCUCUUAAAGGCCACACCUCUUAAUAUUGUUGCUUUAGAGAUUAAAUUUUGAUGUUAAUUUUGGAAGGGACAAAAACAUCACAAUAUAAAUGUAUGAAAUAUUUCAUACAAAGCAAACACUGGGUACUGAGCAGAUAAAAAGAGGUAUUCGAAAUUAUUCUAACUCCAGGGUGCCUUAUACUCUCUUAAAGCUGACAGAUACAAAUAACUGUUUUGAAGCAGUAGAUAGGACUCCUUAACAGCUAUCACUUAUUAAAUACCUGUUGUAUGCCAUUUGCUGUACUGAGGUGCUUAGUAUUAGUUAAUAAAUGUUUUCUUAGUAACAGCCCAUUAGUAUUAUCUGUUACGGAUGAAUAAAGACAUGCCCAAAGAUGGGAUGUUGCCUGUGGCUCAAAGGAGUAGGGCGCCAGCCCCAUAUGCCAGAGGUGGCGGGUUCAAACCUAGCCCUGGCCAAAAACUGCCAAAAAAAAAAAAAUACGUGCCCAAAGCAACUAGGUGUUACUUUUCUUAGUUCACACAUAUGCAAAAAGCUAGCUGGAUGUGGUGGCAUGUGCCUAUAGUCCCAGCUACUCAGGAGGCUAAGGCGGGAAAAUCACUUGAAUCCAGGAGUUUGAGAUUAUAGUGAGCUAUAAUUGUAUCACUGUACUCUGGCCUGGGUGACAGAGAGACCUGGUCUCUAAAAAAAAUAAGACCAUAAAUUUCCUUCUAAGUGUGCCUCUAGCUGUAUACUGUAAGUGUUGACAUGGCACUUACAUUAUUCAGUUCAAAUAGGAGGUCGAACUCAUUAGUAAAGCAUCACAAGAAUGGAGAAGCAAGAAUCCGAUGUACUCAAUUCUAAUAUGAAGACAAUAGAUGAGUUAAUACAUGGUGGGGGACAGGGAAUGAGGGAGCGGGGAGAGCGGGGUAGGAUGUCAAGGUGUAGGGAGGCAGGACACAAUUAAAAGAGGGACUUUACCUAACAAAUGGAAUCAGUAUAACCUAAUUCUUUGUACCCUCCAUGAAUCCCAAACAAUAGAAAAAAAAAGAGAGAUACCAAAUAACUAAUAAAACAAAACAAAAAAAACACAAAUAUAAUCUAAUUUUCAUUAUAAUUUGUUGUUUGAUCAAUAAAUAUAUUUCUUAAUUUCUGAA